CGCUCCGGGGGACGCCAGGCUCCGGCUCCGGCAGGCACAGGCGGCUCCGGAGGGGCGCGCCGGCUCCACCCCCGGGCCCCGCCCGCCCGCCGCGCGCCGGCGCCUCCCAAUUCCCAGAGCCGGGGCUGGGGCUCUAGGCGGCGGCGGCGGCGGCGGCGGCGGCUCUAGGCUGGGCGCCGGGCGCGGGGCCAGGACGGGCCGGGAGCGGCGGCGCCGGCGGCGGAUCGCGCGGAGGGCGGUGGCCUGAAUCGGCCGAACCAUGGCGGCCCCAGAGCCGGCGCCGAGGCGGGCCCGGGAGCGGGAACGGGAGGACGAGAGUGAGGACGAGAGCGACAUCCUGGAGGAGAGCCCGUGUGGUCGCUGGCAAAAGCGGCGGGAGCAGGUGAAUCAGGGGAACAUGCCAGGGCUUCAGAGCACCUUCCUAGCCAUGGACACAGAGGAAGGGGUAGAGGUGGUGUGGAACGAGCUCCACUUCGGAGACAGGAAGGCCUUCGCGGCGCACGAGGAGAAGAUCCAGACCGUGUUCGAGCAGCUGGUGCUGGUGGACCACCCCAACAUCGUCAAGUUGCACAAGUACUGGCUGGACGCCUCCGAGGCCGGCGCGAGGGUCAUCUUCAUCACAGAGUACGUGUCAUCGGGCAGUCUCAAGCAGUUCCUUAAAAAGACCAAGAAGAACCACAAGGCCAUGAACGCCCGGGCCUGGAAGCGCUGGUGCACACAGAUCCUGUCUGCGCUCAGCUUCCUGCACGCCUGCAGCCCCCCCAUCAUCCACGGGAAUCUGACAAGCGACACCAUCUUCAUUCAGCACAACGGCCUCAUCAAGAUCGGCUCCGUAUGGCACCGAAUCUUCUCCAAUGCGCUGCCGGACGACCUCCGAAGCCCCAUCCGCGCUGAGCGAGACGAGCUUCGGAACCUGCACUUCUUCCCCCCAGAGUAUGGCGAGGUGGCCGAUGGGACCGCUGUGGACAUCUUCUCCUUUGGGAUGUGUGCGCUGGAGAUGGCUGUGCUGGAGAUCCAGGCCAACGGGGACACCCGGGUCACAGAGGAGGCCAUUGCUCGUGCCAGGCACUCGCUGAGUGACCCCAACAUGCGGGAGUUCAUCCUUUGCUGCCUGGCCCGGGACCCUGCCCGCAGGCCCUCGGCCCACAGCCUCCUCUUCCACCGAGUGCUGUUCGAGGUGCACUCGCUGAAGCUCCUGGCAGCUCACUGCUUCAUCCAGCACCAAUACCUCAUGCCUGAGAACGUGGUGGAGGAGAAGAGCAAGGCCGUGGACCUGCAUGCUGUCUUGGCAGAGCUUCCCCGGCCCCGCAGGCCCCCGCUGCAGUGGCGGUACUCGGAGGUCUCUUUCAUGGAGCUGGACAAAUUCCUGGAGGAUGUCAGGAAUGGGAUCUACCCACUGAUGAACUUUGCAGCCACUCGGCCCCUGGGGCUGCCCCGUGUGCUGGCCCCACCCGCAGAAGAGGUCCAAAAGGCCAAGACCCCAACACCAGAGCCCUUUGACUCUGAGACCAGAAAGGUCAUCCAGAUGCAGUGCAACCUGGAGAGGAGCGACGACAAGGCACACUGGCAUCUCACUCUGCUUCUGGUGAUGGAGGACCGGCUGCACCGGCAGCUGACCUACGACCUGCUCCCAAGUAGGCUGGGCAGGGGGCCUGGGCGGCGGGCGGUGACCCGGGCGGCCGGAGGCGCAGCCGCCUCAUGCCUCGCCUUACGCCGUUGCUGCAGCGGACAGGGCUCAGGACCUCGCCGCGGAGCUCGUGCACUACGGCUUCCUCCACGAGGGCGACCGGAUGAAGCUGGCCACCUUCCUGGAGAGCACCUUCCUCAAGUACCGCGGGGCCCAGGCCUGACCUGGUGCCCCAGCCCCAGGGGACCAUGCCAGGGUGCUGCCCAGGUCAGGCCACGUUGGGGAGAGCCCAGCACUGCCAGGCCGCCCUCCACUGUGUGCCUGGGAGCACAAAGGUCCGGGUAGUGAAGAAAGCCCCACCUCCUGUGGAGCGGGGCUGACCCUGCCUCCAGGUGCCACGGGGUGGGGAUGGGGGAGCCAUGGGGCCUCCCAGGUCCUUAGGAUCAGGGCUGCCCCCAGGACCCCUUCCUAUGUCCCCGAUUCUCUGCCGGGAGUUCCUACCCAGGCUGCCUGGCCAAGGCCACUGCCUCCUUAGCAUGCAGGAGCCUCCCCUGCAGGGAGUCCCAGCUCUGGGGCUUGGGGGUGAGGGUAAGCGCUGAACAGACCUCUGCCCGGCAAACGGCUCCAUGGGGUCUGAGAGAGCAGCUAUCCCUGGCUGGCACCAUAGACCCACACACGGAGCCUGCAGAGCAAGCCACUGGUGACACGCCUGCAGGUGUCAGGCACUGGGCACAACUGGGACCUGGCAGGAGAAACCGACCACAGACAGGUCUGGAGUUGAGGCUGUCGUCAGCAAAGCCCCUGGUCCCACACAGCUCUGCCCUGGAGUCACCUCCUUGGCCCUUUAUCCACCCUGAGGCCAGGAUGUGCGGCCCCUCUGCAGAUCUCCUCUGGCCCUUGCAGCCCCUCCGAUGGGCUUUUUCUCUCCUGCAUUCCCUGGCCUGGAGGGUUGAGGGACCCCACAUCCUCUCUGCUCCUCAAACUCACACCCCCUCCAUGUUACCCCCCACACCUCCUCCCUGGGGCCACUGAGUAUGCCGGCUCGUGGCUCCCUGCCUCUCUCCCGCUCCACUCGUGGCUCAGUCUUUGAGGUUUCUAAGCCCUCAUGGAUUCUGCCUCUGCAUUCCUGGCCUCUUGAUUCUUGGCUUGCCUCUCCUCCAACGACAAAUUUAGUGAAACGGCCUUAAACAUUUUAAGUUGUAUGUAUAAAUGUAGCGCAUUCAUGCUUUUUAAAAAGCAUUUCGAAUGUCAAACCAGGAAGGCACACCACUGUAUUAGCUCUAUACUGCUGCUGUAAAAUUUAUCACAAACUUAGGGGCUUAAAACAACACAAACUUACUGCAGUUCUGUAGUCUGGAAGUCCGACUACGGGUCUCACUGGACCAGAGUCAAGGCUGGCAGGCUGCCUUCCUUCCUGGAGGUCCUAGGGGAGACUCUCCAUCUGCUGCUCCUUCAGGCUGCUGGCAGAAUCCACACCCUUUCAGUGGCAGGGCCAAGGGCCUCACUUCGUUGCUGUCUGUAAACUGGGGCCACUUCCAGCUUGUAGAGGCUGCCCACAUUCCUUGGCUCUUGGCCCCUCCUCUAUCUUCAAAGCCAGCAGGUUCAGUCUGUGUCAAGAACCAUUUCUCUGGUUCUCUGCAGCCAGGAAAGGUUGUCCUUAAGGACUCAUGAGGUCAGGUUGGGCCCAACCAGAUCACACAGGUCAACUUCCCUCCUCAAGGCUUUUUAAUAUUAAUCACAUCUGCAGAACACAUUUUGCCAUGUAAACUAACGUUCACUGGUUCCAGGGAUGAAGGAAUGAACCGCUUUUGUGGGAGAAGGGUGGCAUUCUGCCUACCACAGCACCCCAACAAAAAACCAAAAACCAAAGCAAGACUUACCAAGGCAUAUCAAAUAAAUUAAAUGUACAAAAUGGUGAAUCUCAGUUAUCUUAACCAUUCCAAUACUAUUUACAAAAUAAUUCAAAUUCUCCCACCUUCCAAUUCAGACUUCGAAAUCUAAAAUAAUUUCCAUAUCCUAGAUGGAAAUCCUGAUGCUAAGCUAUCCGAUUAUGCAUGGUCCUAAAUGGUUUCAGUGGCGAAUACCUAACAUUGUACUAGUGAUUAAACUGAACAGCAUCAAUACUACCAUUGCUGCAC